AUAGGAGCAUACACUUGGAAGCUAGACGGAGCCCUUCCAGGGCCUCACAUAGCAACGGAGUACAAUGCGCUGUCGGCGGAGGAAGCGUCGGUACUAGCACAAUGCCGAACGGGACACUCCCGACUGCGGAGCGACUUAUACCGGAUAAAAGUAGUGGACUCGGCAGGCUGCGAAUGUGGUGCUGCACGAGAAACCAUUAAGCACGUUAUAUACGAAUGC